AUGGAAAGUGAGGACACAAAGAAAAUACAGGAAAUGAAGACUGACCUGAACUUAUUAUUGGAGUGUCUGAAGUAUCAAAUGGACAACCCUUUUUCACAAAAGGAAGCUUUGGUCACUAUUCAUUCAAUUUGUCAACAAAACAGUAAUGCAGGUUUAUAUUUUCGGGAAAUUGGUGGUUUGGUGUUUGUAAAAGAUCUUGCGAAGUCAAGUGAACAUAGCAUGGUAAAAGAAGCAGCCUUAUAUACAUUAGGAACUAUUGGAGAAAAAAAUGUUUACUGUCAGCAGACUUUGUGCACUUCAGAAUUGUUUGAAGACUUAAUUUGGUUCUUAUCCAAUAAUGAUUCAAACACAAAUUUGAAAAGAAUGUCUGUCUAUGUUAUUUUGGUUCUAGUUUCAAAUAAUAGGACUGGACAAACACUUGUGAGAGAAACAGGUUGUAUUAAAGUUCUGUCUCAGUUGUUCAAGACAGUUCUUUCAAAUUAUGAGUUGAAUUUGUCAGAUAAAAAUAUUUUCCAGAGUUAUCAGUUGUGGUCAUCAGUGUGCAGUACCCUGUGUGUCUGUGUCAACAAUCCUCAAAAUGAUGAAAAUCAAAUGCUUUGCUGUUCACUUUUUCCACAUGCUAAUGACUGGCUAAUAAAUUGCAUGAUACCUGAGAUAAUUCGCCCUAUUUGUUCAUUUAUUGGACUCACUCUUGCAAAUAACACAUUUGUUCAGAAAUACUUUAUAUCUGUGGGUGGACUGGAUGUAUUGUCUCAAGUUCUUGUGCAACUGGAAUCUGAUUCACACAAGACUCUUCCCAGUGCUAAACUUGCAGUGGUGGUGACUAAGACAGUGGAUGCAUGUAUUGCUGAUAAUUCUACUUUUGGGGAAGUACUAUCCAAGUAUCACAUUGUUUCAAAACUUCUGGCAUUACUGCUUCAUGAAAGUCUGGAUUCCGGAGAAAAAUUCAGCAUCAUUCUUACUCUUGGUCAUUGCACAGAGGCUUGUGAAGAAAAUCAAUAUGAGCUUUUUAAAAACAAUGGACUUCCACUCAUGAUACAAGCCUUAACUGAAUCUCAGAAUGAUGAACUAAACAAAGCUGCCACUUUUGUCCUUUUCAACUGCAAAAAAAUUACUGAGAAAUUAUCUCUAAGAGAAAAACCUUUUGAUGAAAAUGAAGCAGAACAAUUAAAAGACAUAAAUAUGAAAGAGAAGAAUAUUGAAGACUACUGGAAGAAAGCAAAGGAAAUUCUUCACAGAAUAGAACAGCUUGAAAGGGAAGAAAAUGAGGAAAAAAUACAAAGAGAAAAAUAUAAAGAUAAUGUUUCAUUUAUGAACAUAAGUACUCAAAAUACAUUGAAACACCUCCAUACAGAUGGUAUUGGUGGAGAUCCCAAAGCAGAAGGUAAAGAUAAAAGCCAGUCUAGAAUGCUUCAGAGUUAUAAAUCCCAUGGAUUCAUGUCUACAGCAUGUGCAAGUGGUGACCAAAUGAAGACCCUGGUAAAAAGUGCAAAUCCAGUUAAUGCUUGUUACAGGGAGAGUGGACAAAAUAAGACUUUAUGUAAAGCCAAUUCAAGCUGCAAUCAAGACUUACAUAAGGAGAAUUUUGAAAAAAAAGAUUUUGUUUCUCCAUCAAGCAACAACCAUGUUUUUAAACAUCCAAAUCCUAUUGUCAAAAAUAGAAAGCAGCAGUUACCAGUAACAGAUCCAUUUAUGUUAUGUUCAGAUAUAAUAAAUAAAGAAGUAAUCAAUUCUCUGUCAGCUGACAAUUGUUCCAAAAUAUCCAAGUAUAGGUGCUCAGGUUGCAUAGCAGUAGGAAAAUCCCUGAAUAGCCGAAAUUUUAGCAAGCUCUUGCACUCUUGCCCAUACCAAUGUGAUCGUCACAAAGUCAUUGUGGAAGCUGAAGACAGAUAUAAAAGUGAACUAAGGAAAUCACUUAUCUGUAACAAAAAAAUUCUGCUGACCCCACGUAGAAGAAAGCAACUCAGUAAUGAACCUACUACCUCUGGAGGAAUAAAAAAAAGAAAAAUUCGUAAAAACUUUACUGAAGAAGAAAUAAGGUAUCUUUUCAGUGGAGUUAAGAAAAUGGGAAAUCAUUGGAAUUUAAUUUUGUGGUCUUUCCCCUUUCAACAAGGACGGAAGUCUGUUGAUCUUGCUCAGAAAUACCACAAGCUGACCAAACACCUCAAGUGUGUGUCUCCUUAA